UUGCCCCAUAUUCCAUAAUACAAAAACCCUCUUUAAGCGUCUAAUUCAACCUCCAUCUCUUUCCUUCUCUCUCUCUCUCUUUUUCUCCGUUUCACGUUUAUCUUGUACUUUUUUCCCCCUUUAUACCGGCGUCCAGGUGCGUCCACAGUACCGUCCGAGCUUGAGACGUCCAUCCGUAGGUGGUAGCGGUAAGCCAAGCAGCAGCCAAACGUCCAGAGAGCAGCCAGACACCACGACCGAACGCACCAAGAGCACGCGACGCUCUGAAGUGCCCUCUGCCAGCGUCGAGCAGGCGACCUCCGAUCAGCAGCCGACGACAGCGACGACGCCGUCACUGUUGGUGCGCCGUCGCCGUCCCACCACCGCCUCGAGCUAUCUGGCCAAAAUUGCGAACCGACAGCGGCCGACCAGUGUGAUGUCAUCGACGGAGGAAACGACCACCGUCGCCACCGCCAAGUCCGAGGUGUCGCAAAGCCGACCCGGCCGUCCGAAUCUCACCAGCAACGGUAGCAUACGGCGCAAAUAUGGACCCGCUAAUAGAACCGGUUACACUGGCAGCACCACCACCGCAGCGGGCAGCGAGAGCACCACGAUCCCCAACGCUACCAGCGAGACAAGCCCAGGUGCAGCAGAAGUAUCUACUCGACCGGUAAAUUCAUUGUUUAAACGGCGAAACAAUGGUUCGCCGCUGACGCGCACCACAACACCAACACCCCUAGAGUCAGUUCCCUCCUCUACAGGGGCACCAGUUAGUAGCAAGUUCUUUAAGAAAAAUAAAUAUCGUACCGGUGGGCUCAGUACCGGACCGGGUGCCGAACGUAACGUUAAUGAGCAGCAAGCAGUACCGGCCCAGUCGCUCGAUGUGUCCGGUGUCGAUCAAAACAUUGAGCCCAGUAUACGGCAGAACAGUAAGCUGUACAAUGCGAAGAAUCGCUAUCAGCAGAUAGGCGAACAUGAGGAUGGUGAACCGAUCGAGCAGGAACUGAUCGAUGCGCUUACCACACUGUCGCGUGCACCGUUGCCAAUCGUUAGCACGACGACCGUUCGCAACGGGUACGAAGGUGUGGUGGAUAAGGAGUGGGUCCGGCAGCAGCAGAAACAAACGCCACCGUUUGUGGCGGAAGUGAACGGACGAGCGACUACGCACAAAUACAACGUUACGCACGACUAUCCUAACACGCUCGCAUACAGCGUCCCAGUACAGGCGACGUCAACGCACAAAUUGCAGACACCCAUUCAGAGGCCCCGUAUUGCGACGCACUCGGAGUAUUACUAUCAGCAAACGACACCAGGACUUAUUUACACUUCACCGAUCGCAACGGCAACGAUUAGUCCACGGCAGGACACUACCUUACUGUCACAGUUCCCCCGAAAUCAUCAACCGGCGCACUACGAGAGGCAACCCAACAGUGGUAGAAGAAAGCAGAAGGAUGACGUUACAGGACGUACCUAUCGUCCUGCUCCAAUCGAUUACGACUACUACGAUGAUGGAGAUACGCGUAAAGUGGGAAAAUCUAGUUCACAGGUUAAAGUGAUCAUGCACGGACCAGGCAUUAUCGAGUGUCUCGAUCAGGGCAACUUUCCACAUCCGCUGUCAUGCAAAAAGUUCAUCUCUUGUGCCAAAAUGGAGAUCGGAGGCGUUAUCGGUUGGGAGUAUACCUGCCCGAAGGGUCUCAGUUACGACCCGGUCGGUGGCAUCUGUAACUGGUCCGCCGGGUUGGGUUGCAACGAGUGAACGAGUUGCCCACCACCAACCACUACUCAAUAUAUUUAAGCGUGUAAAACCGUCCAUUAUUUGGGUUGUAGUUAAAUGAAGCGAAACCGAACACUAAGACUGGUGUCUGCUCUCUUCCUGUUUUUUUAGGGCUAGCAUUUUAUAACAUCGUUAAUUAUGUAGCUACAUACCUUCCGCUAGUGGGGUUUUUUUUUGGUUAGGGGACUAAUACCUAAUACCUAGACCUGAGUAACCACCUAGCGUUGGAGGAUGAGCCAAAGCCGAACGAUCAGACUUUAGAAUUUAGUCAUUUAUUCCAAUCUCUGGAGGCACACUCUCUGCUAAUGCGAGAUUAGCAUUAAGCUUUUUUUUGUUGUUGUUUAGUUUAUCCUAGAGUUGUGUGAAAUAUUGGGCGUCUACUUACUUUUAAAAUGAUAUGACCAUUUUUUUUUUUGCUUCUUUGUGAUAAAGUUUAAAACAGAUUUCUUCAACAAAAAACAAAGAAAAAAGCAGACGUUCGCUUGGCUGCACACUUACCCAGUGUUUAUAUCAACUUUUGUUCAUUUUAUCAUACCUUACCAUCAUCGUUAUGUUUAAGGCAAUAUUUAAAUUUAAACAAAAAAAAAGUUAUCAAACCAAUAUCUCGCUACUUUUGCUGAGUGAUGUUUUCUUUCAUUUUUUUGGGGAUUUUUUUUUCUUCUUAAUUUUAUAAUUUGUUCUCAUUAUUUUCAACCGCCUAUAAGUAAGUGGUUUAAAGCAAAAUCUACAGGAAACAAUUUGUGAAAGUUAGUAAUAUUAAAAUACACUAAAAAACGAAACCAGUAGAAUGGCCUCCUCUAGUAUGAGAUAUCUACAAGCUAGUGGCGCUUUAUCUUACUCUAUUGGGUAGAACGGCAACAAGGACUGAUGAGCUGUAUCUUACUCUUCAUGCAUGAACAUUAAAUUUGCAAACGCAACGCGACGACUUUUGUUUGCAACAAAACAAUCUCUUUAUCGGAUAGCAAUACAAUACACAACAUUGUUAAUGUUAAUUUACUCCAUUUUGUAAUAAAAUAGACAUACGACGAAACA